AUGCCAGUGUCCGGCUCCACUGGGCUUCCUCAGAGUAAGUGCCGACACCUGCCUGUGGAUCAGGACGUGUCUUUAGAUGAAGCUCUACAACGGCAGAAGUUGAAGGACUUGAGGAAGGUCGAUAAGAAUAUGGGAGUAGUUCAGGAUAUGUACCAUCAGCUGCAUGGUGAAGUAGUGAAACAGCAAGAGACUAUAGAUGCUGUUGAUGAACAAAUAGAACAGGCCAAGGACUCGACGGGGAAGGUAGUGGAGGAGCUGCAGGAGACCCACCAUAGCAAGAAGAAGAACUUCUGGCGCAAAGACAAAAACCAAAAUCAGACAGAGGGGCACACUACUGAUCUAGAGGAGCAGGGCGGAGGUACAGCGGGAGACCAUGCGAUCGAAGGGGAAUCGUCAUCGUCUACCAGAAGCCGCCCUGACAGCAAGAAGAAGAAAAUGGCAAAUUACUGA